GCUGAGAGACAGCUCAGGAGGAGGGGGGCGUCUCUUUAAGAGGCGGGGGAAAGGGAGGAACUGGGAGAGACGGGCAGAAACAAAGGAGAGACAGACAGGAAGGAAAAGAGACGGCAGCUGUGCCCGGGAGUGUUCCACGUGGGGCAGAGACGGCUGAGCUCGCUAUGGGGGAGACAGCUCUGUAAGUCGGAUACUGCAGAGAGGAGAGCCCUGUACCCCGGACUAUUAACCUUUAUCUGUCUGGAGACUUCACGUUAUGGACCGGUGUCUGUGAGCGCCCCCAGUCUCUUCUCCCGGUGACUGUCACUUAUCCGUUCUUUGCAGAAGUGCCAGCCUGUCUUUGUGUGUGACCUCUGUCUCUUCCCUCCCCGGACUGUGUCUGGUUUCCUGCCCCAUGGCCGCCCUCAGUAGCCCCGGCUCUGGCCCCCAACCCACCUCCCCCCGGGUGUACUUCCAGUCGCCGGGAGAAACAGCAGAGGAGCCCGAGAGACGACACCCGGGCAAAGUGACAGUCAAGUAUGACCGCAAGGAGCUGAGAAAGAGGCUAAGGCUGGAGGAGUGGAUCCUGGAGCAGCUGGUGGGGCUGUAUGACUGCCAGGAAGAAGAAAUCCCAGAACUGGAAAUUGAUGUGGAUGAACUAUUAGAUAUGGAAACUGAUGAACAGAGAGGAGAGCGGGUUAAGGAACUUCUCAAUGACUGUUACAAACCAACUGAGGCCUUUAUAUCUGGAUUACUGGAAAAAAUACAGGGAAUGCAGAAGCUGAGUACUCCCCAGAAGAAAUGACUGACUCACUGAGAUGAUCCAACAUGGCACCUCCCUAUCAUCCUGGUAGAAGGGCAGGAUCCCAGGGUCACAGGCUCCUGCACCUAAAGAAUGUGUCUGGCUGUUCAAUCUAAAUGUGAAGCAGGGGAGCCUUUUUAUAUGACUAUUUUGUAGAAAUGUUUUUUAACUAAAUAAAAUGUAAUUAUGUGUUAUGAGAA